CUCACUUUAUUUCUGAUUCCUUCUCACAUCAACCAGGUUCCCGCGAACCGCGUGCGUCUCAAUGCAGGCGUAAACUGACUUAAUGCCUUCAGCUGCUCUGGACUCCGUGGACUACGACCCGAUCGACCACCUCAACGCCCUCUUCUCGCACCCCUCGACCCUCCCCGCCGUGCGCGCCACCUCGGCAACGCUCCGCAACUACCAAGAUGACCUAGACGAGGACAUCGCGGCCUUCGUGGCCUCGCAGACGGCCUCGGACGCCUCGAGCGUGCAGCGCAUCCAAGCCGCGAAGGCCGAGCUCGCGGACCUCUUCCGCAAGAUCGAGAAUGUGCGCGCCAGGGCUAUCCAAACCGAGCAGGCCAUCACGGAGAUGACGGCGGACAUCAAGCGGCUGGACCACACGAAGCGCAACCUCACGCUGUCGAUGACGGCGCUGAAGCGCCUGCAGAUGCUCACGACGGCGUACGAGCAGCUGCGCGGCCUGAGCAAGACCCGGCAGUACCGCGAGUGCGCGCAGCUGCUGCAGGCCGUCAUCCAGCUCGUCGCGCAUUUUAAGAGCUAUAGGAGCAUUGAUCAGAUUGCGGCGCUGAGUCGGAAUGUGGCGGAGCUGCAGCGGGAGUUGCUGGAGCAGAUUUGCGAGGAUUUUGAGGUUAUAUUCGCGAAGGGGGAGGUGGGCGCCCGCAAGGCGAUGCUAGGCGAGGCGUGUUUGGUUAUGGAUGCGCUGGGGGAGCAUGCGAGGGUGAGGUUGGUGAACUGGUAUUGCAAUACGCAGCUGAGGGAGUAUCGGCAGGUGUUUCGCGGGAAUGAUGAAGCUGGCUCGCUGGACAAUAUUUCCAGGAGGUAUUCGUGGUUCAACCGGAUGCUGAAGACGUACGAUGUCGAGCAUGCGUCGAUAUUUCCGCCGUAUUGGAAGGUUAAUGAGAUGCUUGCGAAUGCUUUCUGUGAGGGCACGAGAGACGAUUUUAAGGCUAUACUCCAGCGGUCAACGCGACGGACCGAUGGCCAGACGUUGGAUGUGAAUUUACUGCUCUCGUGUUUGCAAGAGACUCUAGAUUUCGAACACAAUCUGGAGAGGAAAUUCUCGAACGAGUCUCGAUCUUCGAUAGACACCAUGGCUUCGAAAGACGAUCGGCCACACGCGUUUGGUCAAGCCAUAUCUGAGGCUUUUGAGCCUUAUAUGAGCCUCUGGGUUGAGUCUCAAGACAAACAACUUGGAACACUAAUACCCAAGUAUCGACAACAACCUCUCCGUAACGCUGAAGAGGAAUUCUCGUCUCAGGCAGUCAUUGCUUCAUCUACGGAACUCUUCCACUUCUAUCGCCUCACGCUUGCUCAAUGCGCGAAGCUCUCUACCGGAACUAGACUGCUCGAGCUAUCUACAACGUUUGCGAAGUACCUAGAUCAGUAUGGUCAGCAGGUGCUGUAUCACUUCCUCAGCGAGCGGCCAGGUCCGCAGGAGCCCUCUCUAGAAGACAUUGUUCUCAUAUUGAACACGGCCGACUAUUGCUAUCUCACGUCCAACCAGCUUGAGGAGAAGAUCAAAGCCCGUAUCGACGAAGAUCUAAGAUCUAAAGUCGACCUCCAAAGCCAGGCCGAUGCCUUCAUGGGUAUAGCAAGCGCAGCCGUUCGAACUCUCGUCCGUAAAGUCGAGAUCGACUGCGAGUCGAGCUGGAGAGAAAUGCGCAACACGCCAUGGAGCAAGCUCGAGAGCGUAGGCGAUCAGAGCACGUAUGUCGCGGAGCUGUUGCGACACGUGAAGGCCAAGUCCGGGGAAAUCCUCGCUUUACUGCACAAGCAGCAAUACGCGCGUGCGUUUUGCGACAACCUGGUCGACCUAAUGGCGAACACCUACAUCGCCAACAUCGUGCAGAGCAGGCCGAUCUCCGAGGUCGGCGCAGAGCAAAUGCUGCUAGACUCGUACGUCCUGAAGAAAGGCUUCACCGAAAUCCCCGUCAUCAACGAAGAGCCCGGCACACCGCCCCCAGCCAGCUUCGUCAAACGCGUCACGCACUCCAUGUCCAAAACCGACCCGCUCCUCAAAACCCUCCAAGUGCGGCCCUCGCCGCCCGAAGCCCUCGUGCAAGCCUACCUCAUCCACAUCGCCGACCGCUCCGACGCAAACUUCCGCAAAAUCCUCGACCUGAAAGGCAUCCGCAAGGCCGACCAGCCGCACCUCGUCGACCUCUUCGCCGCGUUCCGCGCCGCGCCCGCCAACAACGCGAACCUCGUGCCGCAGUCCGCGCUGCUCACCCCGCUGCUGAUCCCCUCCGGGCAUAUCGGCACGGGCAUGGGCAGUCUGGGGAAUGCGUCGAGUGUCAUGGGCACGCCGGGCUUGGCGGGGGGCAGGUUUGAUCCGGCGACGUUUGGGAGCGCGUUGAUGAGUGCGGCGAGGGAUGGAGUGGAUCGGUUUGGGAGUCCGGCGUUGGGGAGUAGUAGUGCGACGAUGGGCGGCACGGCGGGUGGGGCGCAGCAAGGCGGGCAGCAGGAGACGGAGAAGGGGGCGGCGGGGAAUUUGGAGGGGAACUUGAAGAAUAUCGGGAAGUUUUUUCGGAGGGAUAUGAGUAGUUUUGGGCGGUUUGGGAGGGGGGAGUGAGGAGGGGGAAGGUGAGUUGAGUUGAGGAUGAGAGGAAGGGAAAUGAUUGGGAAGCGUGAGGCGUGGCGUGUGACACUAACUUAGGGGGCGGCUUUGUUAGAAAUGUAUCAUAAGUUUUGGGUACACAGAUAUUUCACAGCACGCGUUCCGAUUGUGCUCGCUCAAC